AUGGAGUUGGAGCGGCCAGGGGAAGAGAGGAAGAAUCGGUUGGAGGCGAACGCGGAGGUGAAGUCCGGCAGGGGGUCGUCGCCGGAGUCGCCGUCGUCGUCGGAGGAGGAGAGGAAGUCGUCCGUGGCGGCGCCGGCGGCGGCGGUGGUGGUGGUGGAGAAGGUGAGGGACUUGGAGAGGUGGUCGGAGGAGGCGCAGCAGGAGUUGGCGUCGUAUAAGGAGUUGAAAUUCUUGAAAAUUGAUGGAUUGUUGUUGCCGCCGGCGUCGGAAAAACGGGGGUCCUGGUCGAGCUCGUCAAUGGCUGGCGGCGGUGGGGAAAAAGCGAUUGAGGGAAAGCACUUGAAUUUGGAGAAACAGAGAUGGUUGAUCGGUACUAGUUAG